GAACGCAGUGGAAAAUCGGACGAGGACCUCUUAGUAUUCGGUUACUCGUGCAAACUGUUCAGGGACGACGAAAAGGCGAUGCAUAUUGACCGCGGCAAACAUUUGAUCCCGUGGAUGGGCGACGACAGCCUAAUGAUUGACAGGUCCGUCUCCAAGCAAACAAUGCCUCCCUUCACUUUCUGGAUUUUUCAAUCGAAGAGUGCAGGUUUUUACCGAUGUUUUGACCUAUCAGCAUGCUUUUUUGCUUUUUCUUCAAGUCGCCGCUAACGAAUCUGCCCUAGUUGUUCUAGCGUCCCGGCGGCGGCGCAGGAUGUGGGAAGAAGCCAGCUAUGGAGGCAGGAGCGAGCACUCCGGCGCUUCGAAUCAGUUUGUUCUAACGAGGGCUGCGCCCUACUGGGUGCACUUUGCGCUGUGAUUGUGUGGCUCGAAUGUGUGUGGUGGCGUCCCGGCUUUGUGUGGGGACGAGAGAAAAAGGUAUAUACGACGUGCUGUUUUCUUGCACUUAGUGGAUGUUUGUGAUCGUUCUUCUUUCGAAACCUACCGCUGCCUGGCGAGGUGCGCAGUAAACUGUCCCGGGUUUUCCUGUUAUGUUCACUACGUCCACUCUUCGGAUUUCAAAGUUACUUUCUUUUUUUCGUGUUUGGGCCAUCGUAGCUCAGUAAACGUUAUUCAAAAGCACAAACACCGUUGAAAACGUGACAGGUAGGAAUUAGGUGUCGAGCUGGUUCGCCACGGCUGUUUUGCUUUCGGUUGGGAAGGUCGCAGCUGGCCAUGUUACGCGAAGUCAGGUCGAAUACUGCGAUAGAGUAGGGUACACGUUUUGAAGUUCCUUAUAAGUAAACUGCUUCUGAGAACUUAAGCCAAAAAAUUAUUGCGAGUUUUUUAGCGUCGACGUGUUGGUUUUAUUUUAUCAGAGGAUGCUUGUCACAUCAUAUGGCAGUGCUCAUUAGAAUUAUGUUUGCCGAGUGUAACGCAGAUCGAUGUGUGUUCAUCUAGCUCAGCUGUGGAGAAUAUCGCACCCGUUUUCGUGUUUGACUUAGCCUUCAGCUUUCUUAGAGAACAGGCGCGCCAGUAGUUGAAAAGGCUCGUGACCAGUUUGCUGCAGUGAAGCGCGACCUUGUAGAUACGCGAACUUUCCUGUAAGCCGAGGCCCAGCUUCAGUGCGUGAGCAAAACGAAUCGGCAUUGUCAUUACUCAAACGAGCCGUGCAGCAGACAGAGGUGGCAGAAAUUCCAGCACGAUCCACACGAUGUAGCAUCAAAGUAACAGAAUUCAGUUUGGGGGCCUUUGUUGGUACGAUGCAAGAGGCUACUUGCACAGCAUCCACGAAUACGAGCCGAAGCCUGGAGCAGCACUUCAGUACGCUGCCUCACUUACAGAAGAAGAGAAAGCCUUGGAAGAGCUGUGUGAAGAGGAGCGGUUCCUGGCACUCUUCAGGGACCUCCAUGAAGAAUCCAUCUACCAAGAGGAAGAGCUCAAGCGUCUCAACGUUGCCAUGAAUGCGGAUGGCACCUACAAGGAGACCGCCUUCUCUUAUGACUCCGAAAACUCUGCCCUGGAAUCGCAAGAUACGCAAGAUGAGAUCGAGAUACCAUUCAAGGCACCCAAGGGCCUUCACAUUCCAGUGUCAGUACCUACACCCCCCACCAUGAAGUUGCACGCCAUCAUUGAGAAGACGGCCCUGUUUGUGUCCCAGCACGGGGCCCAGAUGGAGAUCCUGGUGAAGACCAAGCAAGCGGGCAACCCCCAGUUCAGCUUCCUUUCGUUCGACCACCCGCUUAACGUCUACUACCGCUUCCUCGUUGAGCAGAUCAAAUGCGGCACCUACGUGCCCGUCGAGGAGUCGACUGGCAAUGAAGAGUCCGACGAUGAAGACGACCACUACCUCCACCCAAGCUUGUUUGCGACAUCAGCGCCGGCUGUGCCAGUUGCUGUUUCCAAGGUGUUUCUAUCCAAGGAAGGGGAGGAGAAUGCGUAUUCACAGCUGAUCAAAAACCUCAAGCCACAGUUGGACAGCCCCUCCGGGGGUGCCUCACCAUGCCCUCCUCAGGAAGCGGCCAAUCACGGCUCGGCGUAUGGCUACACUGAUGGUGCAGGCUACGAAGCCCCUGAAGACUGUUCAGUACCGCCGCCACCUCCAGGGCUGGAGCCCAUUCUUCUGCCCUCUCAAGCUGUGCUGACGGGCUAUGCAAUACCGCCGCCCCCGGAUGUGCAGCCGAUCAUCGACAAGAUGGCCAUCUAUGUUGCCAAGAACGGCGAAGACUUCGAGACCAUCGUCAAAAGCAAAGGUGACAAGCGCUUUGAGUUCCUGCUGCCCGACCACGAGUACCACCAGUACUAUCUGCACAAGAAGCAGACAUACCUCAACGAGCGAACUCAGCAGCAGCAACAGGAGCAGCAGCAGGCCCAGGAGCCAGGUGCCACGCAGGCUGAACCAGAGGACAAGCCCAAACCUGCUGAAAACGACGAGGAGACCGACUCUGUUGCUGAUGCUGCAGAGCCAGCUGAGGAGCACUACGACGUGGUGGGCCCCAAGUUGGAGAAUGGGCUCAGCGUUGGGGAUGACGGCGGCGUGGUGGACUCCCGCUCGGACUCUCCCUUCUCCAACAUCGACAGCAACGACACAAAUUCCCAGUCAGGGUUGGCGACUCCCGGUGACAGACCUUACAACAAAGGUCCUGUAAGUUUUACACUCAAGCUUAAGGAUUUGGAAGGAAAGGAUAAGAAGCGGUUGCCACUUAAUGCUGAUGAAUCAGACUCGGAAGGACCAACUGAAGCUACAGCCCCAACUGCACCAGCAGCACUGACUGCCGCUACACCCACCGAGGAGGCAGCGAAGGUGGCGGAGAAGACUGUCAGAGAUAAGCAUUCAGAGGGUGCAUCAUCGAAGGACCGGCUUUCCCCAGCUCGUCAGCUGCAGCUGGAACGCAAGAAACGCCUUGCCAAAUUUCUCAGCAUGAUCAAGGACUCUCAAGGUGUUGGUGCCACGGGCUCUGUCACGGCAACAUCAGCUGGACAUCAGCACGAUGGCUCCAAAGGUUCCAGUGGCACUUCUACGCCAAAGGAGCCCGCAAGCAGGCUUGCGGAUGUCUCACGAGCUCCGACCGACUCGCUUCCUGCUUCGCCUGCUUCCAACGCUGCGCGGGAGCGGAGCAAUGACAGGGCCACUUCACCGGAGGCAAUUUCUCCGCGGCACAGGUCACACAAAUCGUCGUCCAAGUCACGCCAUCGAUCACGAUCCCCCACCAGGCAUCGUCACCGCCACCACCGCCAUGGCAGAAACACCUCCCGGUCGCAGUCGCGGGAAAGACACCAUCACAAACAUCACCGGUCACCGCGUCAAGGAGUGUCUAAAAGGUCACAUAGUAAAAGCCCAUCCCCAGUGAAGAGGUCCAAAACAAGGAGAUCGAGGUCAAGAAGUCCAGUGAGAAGAAAGUAGGAAAUUUUGUAGAAAUCUUGUACAGUAGUCCCAUGGUUGUAAAUAAUACAUUUGCAAGCUGCUGGUAUUUGCAGUGUUCAUUGUUUCAUUUGCUUAACAUGUGAGGUGACAAUCGGGUGCGAGGGAAUCGUGGGGUAUUGCAGUCUGGCUUGUAGUAUUUACUUGGUAACGUUUAAAGCCUGUUAAAACUGUAGUCUUGCAAAAAGGUCCUGGCUUUUCUAUGUGCUUCUGAAAUAUUAGUCUUUUGUAAUUAGACCCAAAACUGCCUGUUGAUUUAGUUUCCAUCUCAUUUCUGGUUUGGAAACGGAACAACAUGAUUGGCUAAUAAUAGAGGCUGAGACCUGCUAGUGUGUGGAUUCUUUGAAUUUCUGCAUCAUGACUGUUGGCCAAUAAACUGUUUGUG